AUGAGUUUAUUUUUCCUCUCACUCGAUGUUAUCCUUCCUUAUUCGAUCAUGUUGUUCGCAAUUUGGAAAGUUGAAAACGUUACUGUAAAAUGGUACGGUAUCAAUUUAUUGGCUGCAUACAGUUUUGGCAGCGUUGGUUACUAUAUAAACCUCGAACUUGAAGAAAAGCUAAAAUCAUCCAACGAUAUUUUAUUUUCGAUGAAAUCGCGGGUAUUUAUUCUCGUUUAUUCACUUGCACAGAUACUUUCAAUUCCAGUUGCAAGUUUAAAUCUCAUUAAUAAUAAAGCAGUUGCAGUAUUUGCUACAAUAAGCUAUUAUUAUACAAAUGCCAUUCUAUAUCUUAGUUCGGUCAUAAUAUUAUGCGCUGCGAUUUAUACAGCCUGUAGACAUAAAUCGUGCGGUAAAAAUCAACAGUUGAAAAAAGCGCUUAGACCACUUAUCUUUUAUUUUUUACCAAUCACACUUAUGGAUUUUUUCAUUAUCGUUGCUAUUAUUGGAAAAGCCAUUAAUAUAGAUCGAUCAGUAAUUUUUUUCCGUAUAAUAUAUACUAUUUUAAAGUUUCGUGUAACACUACUGGCAUUAUGUACAGUUUUCGUUUUGCCACCAUUCCGUAAAGCGAUGUUUAAUUUAUUGGGUAUUAGACGCCAACAACAAAUUAUCGUAGUAAUACCACUAACAACAAUACAUCCAAAUGGUGAACGAAAUAACAUUUCAUUGCACGAUCUAUGA